CUGUUUAAGCAGGUCUGAAGGCAAGUUCACAGCACACUGAAAAUAUUGGGUACAAGUGAAAGGGUGAGAUGCAAGUUCUCACUUCAACCAGUAAACCAGUUCAGACAGACUGCGCAGACUGGAACCAGCACUGGGCGUGUGUGUAUGUUUGCGUGUGCAGAGGACUAUGAAUCAAGUGAAGGAUGUUUCUCUCUAUUUUCUGCUCUUUAAUUCUUUGGUUGCUUUGGCCAUUGAGGUUAACCCUGAGAGUUUGUUCGAAUUUUCGGCCUGCAUCAAUAACAUUGCGGUGAGUGCAGGUGGCAGAGUGUUUGUAGCCACCAAGAACUCCUUGUACCAGCUGAACCAGAGCUUGGGGCUGGAGGUGCUUGAAAGGACGGGACCUCAUCUGGACGGCCCAUGUGAGGAACAGCAGGGCUGCUGCAUCAAGUGGGAGGAAAAGGCCAACGUGAACAAGAUCCUGAUCGUGGAUGAGAAUAAGAAGCAAAUCCUGACCUGUGGGACAUUGAGACUGGGGGCCUGUGAGGUUAGGCAACUGCAUAAUAUCAGCCAGUACAAGUCAGACCAGCGCUGGAAUGUCGCCUCUAUCUACAUGGAAGCCUCAACAGUCGCUUUAUUGGUAAAAGCCCAGAGAAAGGAUUACCUGCUGACAGCCACCACAUCUACUGAGAAGUCCAGCAGGUUUGUCCCAUCCACCUGCAGAGACAACAGCAGUUACAAGGGGGAUUUUGAUUACACCAUCACUCUAAGGGAUCUUAGUGGAAAAGUUGGAGAUGAAACAUUUUUGGGCUUCACUGAGGCAGAAUUUGGUAAUGCAGUUGUCAAGCUCAAUCAGAAGCACCAGUCUGUGGAGCUCCAGUACAUUCAGGGUUUCCAAUGGCAGAAACAUAUUUAUAUUUUGCAUAAUGCCAUCAACUUAAGUGCAGAGAUCAUCCGCAUGAACAUUGAAGAUUAUCGUACAACCACUGUUUCUUCCUUCUCUCAAGCCACCCUGCUCUGUCCUCAGGGUAAAAAACAAGUUCUCAAAGUCCUGUCCUCUGCCCUUAUCACCCUCUCACCCUCCCAAGCCUUUAUGGUCGCAAUCUUCUCUGGCCAAGGACGUUCCAAAUACAGCCCACUCUGCUUCUACAACCUGACUCAGUUUAAUGGAUACAAAAAGGGCAGAAAAUACUACUUCCAAAUUGAAAACGUGGUGGAAUCCAAUGAAGACUUAAAUCCAAUCCACAGCACAUCAGUGUUUGAACACCCUGGACUACUGUCUGUGUCAGCCAGUGUUGUACAAGGCAGGAUUGUGCUAUUCCUUGGCACAGAAGAAGGGCUAUUAAUUAAGCUGAUAAUGGACAGAAAUUUGGCUGUAAUUCGCCCAAUCGCUUUGUUUGAAUUGGAAAAUGAAGCCCCAAUUCGUCAGGUGACAUUUGACAGAUUGGAUGCCAAUUAUUUGUAUAUAACAGCUGAGAAGACGGUGAAUAGGAUCAAAGUGGCUGCCUGUGCCCAAUACAGUUCGUGCACUGAUUGCUUGUCUGUACAAGAUCCGUACUGUGGUUGGUACAUUCUGGAGAAAAGGUGUUCCUUUGUUCAUGAAUAUGAAAACUCAAGCAAUCCAUCUUACUGCAUUACCACCAAAGGAGGAAGCAACAGCUGCCCAAACAUGACCUUAAAACCUUCGGCGAUAGAUCAUUCCUUCAAGAACACAAAGCUCUUUACAGUAAAAUUAAGAGAGAAAUUCAGCAAUUUCAUGAAUGAAAAUGCAACUUGUACACUGAGGAACGCCAGAAACAACGAAGUAAUUUGCACUGCCAAAUACACAACCCAGUGUUCCUGUAGAGUGUCCAACAAUACCUACACUCAGCUUGAAAAUCAACCAGACCCAGUCACCAUAAAUGCAUCUGUUGAAUUUAGAUCCUUGAAUUUCACCACCCGGUUCACAGUCCAUAACUGUUACAAGAUCGCAACGGCUCGAUUUAAUAAUGCUCCAUGUUCUGAAUGUAUCAAAUCUGGGUGUCACUGGUGUGCGGUAGAACAUCGAUGUACUCCCGCCUUAUCUUGCAAUGGAAACAUAACUAAACAGUUCUGCCCUCAGAUUGAUGGAGUAAAAUUAAACCCAUCUUCAGCCAAGGAUCUCAACAUUUUCCUGAAACAUGCAAAAAUGCUAAAAGAUGCUAAUAUUGGCCUGAAUUGUACGUUUGAUGGGAAGUCAGAAGCAGCCAAUUGGAUCAAUGAUUCUGUCAUCCAAUGUGUCAGGCCUCAGUUUGUGGCUGAAAGGCGGAUAAUUCCUGUGAAUCUUGUCGACAGUAAAAACUCCGGCAGAGUUAUUGAUAAUCCUAACAAUAUCACAGUUUACAGUUGUGAUGUCCAGAAACCAGGCUGUGUUUUCUGUUCUCCAGAAAGGAUUUGUAAGGAAUCAAUUGUUAAGUCUAUAAAACCACAACGGGUGUCUUCAUCUAGGAGGGCCACAGUGACCAUUGUUGGGUUUGGUCUAAAUGUUGGAUCGUGCGCUGUGCUUCAGGUCAAAGGAAUGAGUGACUAUGUUACAGCCAAAUCGAGCAACUGCGCUAUUGAGAACAACACAUUGAUAAGAUGUGUUUUGCCAGAGACAACCCAUGGUAAAAAGACAGCGUGUUUGCUGUAUGAUUCUGAAAGGGACUGUGUGGCUAACAGAACUGCUAAACUGGAGUACAUCAGUAACAUUUUAAUUACAAAGAUUCACCCAACAGUAUCCUGGGCCAGUGGAGGCCGAAGCAUAACGAUAAGUGGCAGGAAUUUAGACGUGGUUGAACAGAUGCAGGCAUGGUUAACUGGUGGCCCGAAGAAACCAGCUGACUGUUCAGUUAUUGAUUCAACCUGGGUCUGUGACUCACCACCUGCUCAGGGCAGAGAAACUCCAAGCAACUAUAGCAUGUUAUUCAAUGUGUCUGGAUCAAAGGAGAAAGUAUUCAAUGUGACAUACCAUGAGGACCCUGAGUUUUACAACUUUAAAACAACUACUGAUGACAAACGACUCCUGAUAACUGUAAUGAGAAAAAAAGAUAAUCUACAACUUCACAAAAGUGAAUUUAAGAUUUCUGUUCGGAGAGGCAAAGAUGAGCGGUCGCAAUGUAAUGUUAUAGAGGUGACAGAAGAUAAAAUUAAAUGUGUACUAAUCACAUCCGAUACUUCGGCAUCAGAAAUUGAAGUGAAAGUUGGAAAAUAUGAAAAAGUUUUAAUAAGCCAACUUCCAGGCAAAUCCAUUUUCGUUAUAUUAAUUGUGAUACCUAUUAUGCUGCUGGUUUUCAUCAUCAUUUAUUUUUGGGCAACUCGUCGCAAGGCCAAGCAGUUCUCACAGAGUCUAUACUGCCAAAUGGAAUCUUUGGAAAGCCAAUUCCGAAACCAAAUUCGAGAAGGUUUUGUUGAGCUUCAGACUGAGGGAUCAGGUGUACAUUUAAUCGAUAAUUAUGGCAGUAUCCCCUUCCUGGAUUACAAACACUUUGCUGCCCAAACAUUCUUUCCUGAGGGAAAUGGAGAGUAUGUGCCCAACUUUGUCGGAGGUCUGAUCGUCACUGCACCUCUGGCACCUGAACAAGACAAGCUGAAUGAAGAAUUCAAUGCCUUGUACAACUUCUUGAGUAAUGAACAGUUUUUGGUGACUUUAAUACACAACCUUGAGCAGCAAAAGGAUUUCUCCAUUAAAGACCAGUUAGUUUUAUCUGACAUCUCUGCUGGUUAA